AUGCCGACCCUGGACGAGGGCGGCUUGGCGGUCCGGCAGUUGGGAGGCGACCCCAACCGCGGGCUCCAUAUCCUCGGUACCGCUCCGGACCGCCAGCAACGCACCAGUGAAGGUCCCAGGGAGCCCGGACCCACAGGUCUGGCACCUCCCGGGAAAGGGAAGGAGAAGGUGCCGGUGCCGGAGCACCGGCACAAGGACAAUGCGGGUGUUGCCCCGGCCCAAAGGGACGACAAGGCCCAGGGGGCAGCGCCCGCACAGAGCAGCCAAGCCGAAGGGAGCAAGCCCCAAUUUUCAGAGGCACCAAUCGGGGGAUCCGGCCCCCAGCCUGUGCCGGAAUCCUCGGCGUCGGCUCCAGAAGGGCCCCCGUCCGAGAUAGCUCUAGAAGCCACCGGACCUAGUGGUCCGGAGCAAGAGGCCACCACACCACCACGACCCGAAGCCGCCCCCCAAGAGGAAGACGCCAGGCCCACAGCGGCGAUCAAGGCGCCUGCAGCCGCGCCGGGCGCCGAGGCCAGGCCCUCUCCAGCUGAGCCAGCAGCAGAGGGCGUUGCUGCUGCGGCAGAGGCUGCAGCGCCAGAGGCGGCGGAGACAGCGGCACCGGAAGCCGCUGAGGCUCAGGAGGAGCUGGAGGCUGGCAUUUGCCGAGAGUGGGAGAAGCUAGAUGCGGAGCACUUCUGGCUCUCGGACUGGGAGCGCCGCUUGGGGGACCGUAUCAAGUCCGCCACCGCCCGCCACGCCGAAGAGCGCGCCAAGCUCAUGCUGGAGCGCGAGCUCCUACAAGAGCAGCUGUAG